CCCUCGGGCAGCAGAGCCCCCGGGUCCCCGUAGAAUUGCCCCAAAAUCCCAGUCAAACAGUCGAUCGAUCGAUCGAUCGAGAGAGAAUGGAAGAUCGGGAGGACUUGAAGUCGUUACUACCGUACCUGCCAGUGGUGUCCCGCUCGUCUUCACUCUUCUGGCCAUCCCAAGUUGUGGAAGCCCUGAAAGCGUUGUCAGGUGGACCCCACCACAGCCGAGUUGACUCCGGCGAGGUCCUUUUCCUCGCCAUUGCCGACCUCAGGCAAUCCCUCUCCCUCACUCACUUCUCCGACUCCCUCGCCUUCGCUGCCGCCGAUGGUUACUCCCUCUUCUUCGACGACUUGAUGUCUCGUGCUGAGGCGGCGAAAUGGUUCGGAGAAGUAGUCCCAGUAAUGGCGAAUUUACUAUUGCGGUUGCCAUCUUUGUUAGAAGCUCAUUACAAGGAUGCGGAUGGUAACGGAGGAAGAAUGGGAGGAGUCAAAGCUGGUCUUCGCAUUUUAGAGUCCCAAGAGGCAGGGAUAGUGUUCCUCAGCCAGGAAUUGAUUGGUGCUCUUCUCGCUUGUUCCUUCUUUUGUUUGUUUCCAAUCGCUAAUAGAGGUCCCAAACAUCUUCCAACAAUCAACUUUGAUCAUUUGUUUGCGAGUCUCCAUGAGAGCUAUAGUGCACAGCAGGAGAACAAAAUAAAAUGCAUCACCCAUUAUUUUGAGAGGAUAGGCUCCCAUAUGCCUGUGGGUGUUGUCUCCUUCGAGCGGAAAGUUCUUCCAUUGGAACAUAGCCCUCCAUGUGUUUCUUAUCCGAAGGCUGAUUAUUGGAGCAAAUCUUCUAUUCCUCUCUGCUGCUUCAAGGUUUGCAGGUCUGGCUUGAUAGAAGAUCACUCUUGUGAAGGUCUUGAAGUGGAUUUUGCAAACAAGUAUCUUGGGGGCGGUGCUCUUAACAGGGGCUGUGUACAGGAAGAGAUCCGUUUCAUGAUCAAUCCAGAGUUAAUUGCUGGCAUGCUUUUCUUGCCUUCCAUGGCAGACAAUGAAGCCAUAGAGAUUGUGGGCACAGAGAGGUUUUCAAAUUAUACAGGGUACGCUUCUUCAUUUUGUUAUUGCGGUGAUAACAUCGACAAGGUGGAUUUAGAUUCAAUGGGAAGACGAAGAACAAGAAUUAUUGCGAUAGAUGCACUAUGCAACCCAGGAAAGAAACAGUUUAGACUUGGGUGCCUUCUCCGGGAGAUUAACAAGGCAUUCUGCGGCUUUUUUGAUCAAUCUAGAUGUCAGCAGUAUCAGAGACUGUUUGAAGGUGAUGAUUCUUGCAGGACUCAGAUUGAUCAUGAUGUUGAAGGUCCCGUAGCCAUGUCCGGGGAUUUGCUUUUGCGUCACGAAGCUCUGUCACUGACUUCUGAGUCCAACGAAGGAAUAUUUGCCGAUCGUUUGAUCAGGAGUUCUGGAGGAAAGAUUAUUCAGCAUGUGGACCAUCAAGAUCAAAUCGGUAUUGUGACAGGGAACUGGGGCUGUGGUGCUUUUGGAGGAGACCCAGAACUUAAGGCCACCAUUCAAUGGCUUGCUGCUUCGCAGGCAUUAAGACCAUUCAUCUCAUAUUACACUUUUGGGGUGGAGGCACUGCAGACUCUUGACCAGGUUACUGAAUGGAUACUGUCCCAUGAAUGGACAGUAGGAGAGCUGUGGAAUGUGUUGGUAGAUUACUCAGCUCAAAGAUUGAAGGGAGAAACUGACCUUGGGUUUUUCAGUUGGCUCCUUCCAUCACUAUCAUCCACCUCUGAUUCCAUGAUGUUGAAUGUACCUCAAACGCCCUAACGUAUUCUUUAUUUUGUUUGUUGUAUUGUAUCUCUCCCACACAAACAGGCUCACACCAUUAAUUUUAUUGCCUCUCUAGUCUCUUCUUUA